AUGGAAUCCAACGACUUGUGUCCUUUGAUUAAAAACAUUCUUCUUUUAGAUUCUGAAGGGAAGCGUGUGGCAGGUAAGUAUUACUCAGAUGACUGGCCAACAAACAGUUCAAAAUUAGCUUUUGAGAAGUUUGUGUUCACUAAGACUGUUAAGACAAAUGCGCGGACUGAAGCUGAGAUAACACUGCUUGAGAACAAUAUCAUUGUUUGCAAAUUUGUGCAAGACCUGCAUUUCUUUGUCACUGGCGAUGAUGAUGAAAAUGAUCUCAUUUUGGCAUCAGUUCUUCAGGGUUUCUUCGAUGCAGUCACCCUUUUGCUGAGGAGCAAUGUUGACAAAGAUGCCCCCUUAUCAGAGCAGACACUAACUCAGGCAUGGGCUACAGCUAGAGACACUUUCACAAGAACUCUUCUAACAAACUUUUCCCAUCAUUCUUACCUAUAUACACAAUUCAUUCACAAAGAAACUGGACACUAG